AUGUAAAUAAUGAUUGAAACCACAGAGCAAUCAAAGGAUUCGAACGACACGGAAGAUGAGGACGACGCUUUGUUACCGAUCAGCUUUAACUGUGAGCGCCACCGUGGCAAAAUAGAGGGUAUCAAUUGCACCACGCAAUGUUGGCGCGUAAGGGACCGUAUGAAGACGGUCAGCGUAGCGCUAGUGCUGUGUCUGAACAUUGGCGUUGAUCCACCGGAUGUUGUAAAAAUCGACAAAUGUGCGCGGGUAGAAUGUUGGAUCAAUCCGGCCUCCUAUUCCCCGGGGAAAGCAUUGGAAAUGAUCAGUUACCAGCUGCAGAAGCAGUACGAACGGUGGCAGCCCCGCGCACGCUAUCGGUAUUCGCUUGACCCAACGAUGGAAGACGUAAAGAAGCUAUGUACUUCGUUGCGUCGCAAUGCGAAAGAAGAACGGGUGCUGUUCCACUACAACGGUCACGGGGUACCGCGCCCGACGGCAAACGGCGAGAUAUGGGUGUUUAACCGGACGUUCACGCAGUACAUCCCGCUGUCGAUCUACGACCUGCAAACGUGGAUGGGUGCGCCAUCGAUCUAUGUGUACGACUGCUCAAACGCUGGUAUCAUUGUGAACAGCUUCAAUAUGUUUGCCGAACAGCACGAAAGCGAAUUGGAACAAAUGAGAAACCGAAGCGGCAGUACGGCUGGGCAACCGCACGCCAACGCGGAUCUGCAGGCGGACGAAAGCCGUGUAUCACCGUCGCCAUCGGCCGGUGGGGCCGGUACGACGACAUACCGGAACUGUAUUCAACUUGCAGCGUGUGCCUCCGAUCAGUUGCUGCCGAUGAAUCCAAACCUUCCAGCCGAUUUGUUUACUUCAUGCCUUACGACACCGGUUAAGAUGGCAUUGCGAUGGUUUACGCUUCAAUCCACCUCGCAGCUUGUCCCGGAAGUGACCGAGGAACUGAUUGAAAAGAUUCCGGGACAGCUUAACGAUCGUCGCACGAUGAUGGGUGAGCUGAACUGGAUAUUUACCGCCAUUACAGAUACGAUAGCGUGGAAUACGCUUCGUCCCGAGCUGUUUCAGAAACUGUUCAGGCAGGAUUUGCUCGUUGCGAGUUUGUUUCGUAAUUUCCUGCUUGCAGAGCGUAUUCUGCGUGCGUACGAUUGUACGCCCAUAUCGAGUCCAGCACUACCACCUAGCUAUCGGCACCCGAUGUGGUCUGCGUGGGAUUUAGCGCUCGAUCAAGCCCUCGCCCAGCUGCCGGACAUCCUCGAGAAGGGAAAACCAUUCCAGCAUUCGCCCUUCUUCGAGGAGCAACUGACGGCGUUUCAAGUGUGGCUGGAAGGCAGCACGGAACAGCGAAGCCCUCCGGAACAGUUGCCGAUCGUGCUGCAGGUGUUACUUUCGCAGGUUCACCGCUUGCGUGCCUUGGAGUUGCUGGGACACUUUGUCGAUCUCGGUCCGUGGGCCGUUAAUUUGGCACUGAGUGUCGGUAUCUUCCCGUACGUCCUGAAGCUAUUGCAAAGUUCGGCGAAAGAGUUACGGCCCUGCUUGGUGUUCAUUUGGGCGAAAAUAGUCGCGGUCGAUGGAACAUGCCAGAUCGAUCUGAUACGUGAGCAAGGUCACAAGUAUUUCCUUAACGCCCUGCUAGAAACAAACCCGGGUGGACAACCGUUUAAGGGCAAUCACCGAACGUACGCUGCCUUCGUGCUGGCCAGCAUUGUGCAUAACUUCCCCAACGGACAGUCGAGUGCACUGCAGGGUCAGCUCGUUUCAAUAUGCCUCGAUCAGCUGAACGACGAUAGUAAUCCACUGUUACGACAAUGGUUGGCCAUCUGUCUGGGCCAUCUGUGGCAAAACUACGAGCAGGCCCGCUGGUCUGGCGUGCGAGACAAUGCGAACGAGAAGCUUUACCCGUUGCUUAGCGAUCCUUAUCCAGAGGUGCGAGCUGCCGCCGUUUACGCACUAGGAACGUUUAUUAGCUCGGUUAAGCAGCGAUCCGAUCAUGCAAACAACAUCGAUCGUUCGACGGCGUUGCACCUUUUCGCCACGGUAAGCAACGAUAUGAGUCCGCUCGUGCGCAUGGAGCUAAUAGCGGCAAUCCAGUGGAUGGUACUGUUCUUCGAAUCGCAGUUCGCCGGGACGUUUCUACAGUUGGACAGCCCCGAACGUAGCACGAACCCGAUGAAACGUGUUUCAAGCACAAGCAACAUUAUUGGCGUCGGCAAAACAUCCACGCGGCAAAGCAUGGUUGGCUUUUUUCAAAAGCUCUGGAAUGGAUUCAUCUCCCUGUCGAAGGAUCCGUUCCCGGAGGUGGCUACGAUGGCACAGAAAGUUGUCGAUUAUGUGCGAGCCGACAGCGCAAAGGAGGUAACGGUUUGCGAAAAAGGCUCCCACCAUUCCGGUGGUGCGUCCAGCGUAAGUUUGCCGCCAUCGCCAAACACUCGGGUUGGUUUUCUGGCCGGUGAAUCACCACCAACGCAUAGCGGAUUGCACGGCUCGAGCGAUAACGGUGGUAGCCAUCAUAGGCUCGCGAAUCAGCAAACACCUUUAGCAAUGAAGAAGCGAAUCCACAUCGUAAACGACAGCCCAUCGACCGAUUAUAUGGACGGACAGGAUAAGCCAUCAUACACGUCCACGCACUCUCUGCAAGCAUCGACCACUCCGCUGAAACCGAUCGUUGGGACGAAAUUUAUCGAAUGGUCGGUCAGCUUUUUUGCCCAACCAUCGAAACGCAUGAACGAAACGAGAGCGGCCGGUACGGAUCACAAUUCGUACGAAUUUCUCAUCCGAAAGUCGCGCUGGUUGCGCAACAAAGAGGUACGGGCCGAGGGCCUGUUGCAGCGAAAGAAGGCAAUCUUUAAGCGGUUAGAUGUGCAGAGUUGGUACUGCCGUACGCAGCAUGCACCAACGAUCAUUAAGCUGAAUCCGUACGACGAGCAGGUGGCUUUUGCCUACAAGGAUCGGGUAAUUGUAGUGAACAUGAGUACGGAAGUGACGCACACUCUUACACCCCAAAGACAAUCCAUUUACGACAGUUCCAGCAGUCUGAACAGUAACACCAACAGCGGCUACCAAUCCAUGCAGCAUCAUGGAUCGCAUCGGCUAAUGAAUCAGUCGAUCAGUUCUCUUGAGCAGCACCAUCCGUCACUUUUCCAGUCACAGCAGCCGCAUUCGUUUCCACACCACCAAUCGAAGCCGUCGAGCGAAUCGUUACCCACGCAUGGAAUCGGCAGUCAAGCGCUCGCCGUUACUUCGCUGGAGUUCCUCAAUGCCCACGACGUCGGUGUGAUAAUGGCCGGGUACAGUGACAGUACGAUACGGUUGUGGCGCCCGAAGGACACAAGCGAUGAAAAUCAACUGCUUUCUGCAUGGCACGGUUUGCUGGAUUUCAAUACUUCGAGCGCAGCGAAGGUAAGCUGUUCGGAAUCGGCACCGGUUGCUCAUGGCAGCAGUACCGCGCCAGGUGGUCUAAUUCUUGCGUGGCACCAGCGUUCGCAAACGAUCAUGGCGGCGGGCGAAGCGAAAUACAUCCGCCUGUGGGAUGCUGAACGGGAGAUGCGUAUCUGUGAUAUUCCGAGCGGGUCCGACACGGCCGUACUGAAGAUGUCCUGCGCGCCGAAUGGUUUACUUGCUGCCGGAUUUUAUGACGGAAGUGUUCGCAUAUUCGAUCAGCGCUGUGCACCAUCGGAGACGCGGUGUGCAACGAUACGGGAACACAUUAAUCCCGUGCUGGCCAUCUGUCUGCGUGAUGAUUGCGAAUCGCUAGUGACGGCCGGUGUAGAUGCGGUCGUACGCCUGUACGACAUACGGAAGGCGUACUCCUCCGUACAGCACUGGAGCGCCGGAACGGAUGUAUCGGCGAUGGCCAUCCACACGAGUGCGGACAUUCUGGCCUGUGCGACCAGUCAGAUCACUAUCUACGGGCUUGACGGGGUGGUUCUCAGUACGGGGCGCAGCAACGAAGGGUUUAUGGCUCCUAGGAAGGGGGUAGCCUCCUGUCUGGCGUUCCACAAGUUUAAACUCAACCUGGCGGCCGGAUACAACGACAAUACCGCGGCGGUUCUAGUGCCAUAA